AUGGGUAAGAGUGAAGGCUCGAGUUCAGGUGCAAUAUCAUCCUCUAAGAAGAAGAACGAAGGUCCUUUAUGCCACUGCAAGAGACGAACGAGUAUGGCAAAAGCGUGGACAAACGAUAAUCCGGGUCGAAGGUUUUGGUUGUGUAAUCCUCAUGGGUUCGUGGCUUGGAUUGAUUUAGAGGAGCAAAAUGGUUGGCAGAAACAGAGUUUACUGGAGGCGCGAGAUGUGAUGGAUCGUCUGAGAGAAGAAAUCAAAGUCCUUAAACAGUCACCUUGGACAACUUCUCAACAAGCCACUAUUGAAGAUUCAACUGCAUUAUUGUUGGAGGAAGGGGACAGACUCGCAGAGGAGAAGAAAAAACUAGAAAUUGCGCUUAUAACAUCGGUUGAAAAGGAGAAAUUGCUAAGGCAAUUUCUUAUUCUUUCAUGGGGAGGCUUCAUUGUUAUCACAAUCAUCAUCGUCUUUGCCAUGUUAAAGAAGUAG